UUGCCGGUGCACACCACGAUCAACUUUUUUACAACGUGCGCGUUCGAUUCGAAAGACCGUAUAACCUAUAUUCCAUCUAUAACCAUGUCUAAUAAACAAGCAAAAAAAAGGCCACAGAAAAGAAAAUUCAAACACAACGAAAUUAUUUCCAGCUCCGACGAAGAAUUCGACGAACAGAAUGGUCAGAAUCAAGGGUACGAGAGCGAAUCAGAAUCUGAAGAUGAAACUGCACAACAGAAAAAGAUAAGGUUGGCCAAACAGCGCAUAGCUGAAGUGGAAGAAGAAGAGCAGGAUCGUCUUGAAUUUGACAGAGGUGCUAUUGACAAGCGAUUACAUGAAGAAUACUUGGAAGAAAAAGGUCGUUUGAGAAAAAAUGUGGCUGACAGCUAUACAGGUCACGAAGAAAUCAAAGUACUGAAGUGCAAGGAUCAUCGUGAUCCUAUAACUUGUUGCUGUUUAACUAGCGAUGGACAAACAAUAUUUUCUGGAAGCAAGGAUGGAUCUAUUGUUAAAUGGUCCGUGUCAACACACAAGAAGAUAAGUUCUAUUAAAAGGCAAGAUAAAACCAACAAAGAUGGAUUAAAGUACAUCAGGUGCCUAGCUGUUAGCAGUGAUAGUAAAUAUUUGGUGGCUGGAUCAAAUUCAAAAUUUAUCCAUGUUUACGAUGCUUCUGACCUGAAGCAUCUGAAAAACCUUCAAGGCCAUCGAGAUGUUGUUUCUGGUCUAGUAUUUAGAAAAAACACACACUUUCUUUAUUCAGCCUCGAUGGAUCGUUGUGUGAAAGAGUGGAAUUUAGAUGAUAUGGCUUACGUCCAGUCUUUGUUUGGACAUCAAAGUGGCAUCACUUCAAUAGAUGCUUUAUCAAAAAUGAGAGCUAUAACAAGUGGUGGCUUUGAUGCUUCAGUGAGGAUAUGGAAAAUUACUGAAGAGUCACAGCUCAUUUUCCAAAAUAAUUUUUCUGGAAGUAUAGAUGAGGUCAAACUCAUCAAUGAAGAAAAUUUCUUGAGUUGUGCAGAUGAUGGUACACUUUGUGUUUGGAGUGCACAGAAGAAAAAACCUUUGUGUCACGAACUUAGUGCUCAUGGAAUCGAUGAAACUAAUGGAUUACCUAUUUGUAUUUUGAGUGUUGCCACUUUACUUAACACCGAUUUAGUAGCUUCAGGUUGCCGAAAUGGUACCAUUAAGUUGUGGAAAGUCGGCAAUACAUUCAAAACCCUUCAACUUUUAUUUGAAAUAAAAAUUCCGGGUUGUAUCAAUUCGCUGUCAUUCACUCCAGAUGGAAAGCAAUUAAUAGCUGCUGUAAGUCAGGAACCCAAGUUAGGAAGAUGGUGGAGGAUUCGUGAGGCCAAAAGUGGUAUAUAUAUAAUACCGCUGACAAUGAAUGCACAAAAUAAUAAUAAUCCUAGUAAAAAAUGAAAGGCGAAACAUUAAGUUUCGUGAUAUACGGUGACGUUCGACUUCUGUUUUUUUUGUGGUGUUGUUAAUUGAAAUUGGAACCAUUUAAAAGUAAAAUUAAUAAGCUUUCAAAUGGAAAAAAUACCAUAGUUAACCGCCAUUCUAAAGAAACAACCUAGUGUAUAUAGUGAAUGUGAAUAGUAGAAUAAUGUAAGUAAUUUUUAAAACAAAGCUUCUAAUUUUGUUGAAAUCCACAUUAAAUAAAUUAUAGAUUCUAAUAGAAUGAAAUGAGAUGUUCAUUCUAUUGGCGUUUAUUUGAACCCGUUUUUCUAGAAUGAUUUAUACUGAUUAUUAUUGAAGAAAGUAUUUUUGAAAUGCUGUCAUUUAUUGUACAAAAUAAUAAAAUUUAAAAAAUCUUACAAAAUUAUAA